UUUAAGUCUUUAAGCCAUUUUGAAUUUAUUUUUGUGUAUGGUGUGAAGAGCUGAGUCUUAAUAAAGAGGCAGAAGCAUGCCCUGGAGUCAAGACUGGGAAGGAUAUUCUAGGCCAAAGAAAUGGCUGUGCAAAGGCAGGAGACAUGGGGAAUGGGAUAUUUGUAACUACAACCAUACAACUUAUAUUACACAAAGAAUUUUUGAGACAAAACAGCUUUUGUACGCUGAGAAGUAUGCCCUGCAUCCAGCAAAACUAAAGUCUCAGCCAGGAAAACAUUCACAACUGGAAAACAGCCAGGUGAGGAAUGCCACAACCUAAACUGUUCAAAUUUAGGAAAUGACCCGGCCAGUGCCCUCGUUGCUCCCUGUGAGGUCUUUCUUCCCCAACGACCUGGGGCGGCUCCAAGGCCACCUCACACCCGUUUCUACCUCCCUAGCUCACUAUAGGCCCUAGGCUGGGAACAAAGGCGGACCAACCAAUUGCUACUAGGUGGGAUUUGGGGAAAAGGGCAAGGUCUAACCGCAGGUCAGGCGCCCCAAACAGGGCGUGGCGGUUGCCCUUGGCAUGACGCAACCUCCCAGGUAGCUGAAGCACCCUUGUUACCAGGCUCGCCGCAGGUGAGGCUGGGGUCUGCUCCCCGCUCAUUGGUCCAAAGAGAAGCACCUCUGAGGAACCCCUGUUGCCCAGGCGAGGAGGAGAGCCCAUUGGUCGGGACACCUCACAAUGCCCCCCCCUCCCCGCCCCACCCCACCCCCCGCGCGUGUGCAGGGUUCUUCCCAUUGGUUCGCUGCCUGCCUCGGGAGCCCCCUGUGGCCUCCAACCAGGCAGCCUACUUGGCACCCUGCAGCGAGUGCCCCCAAGCUGACCCGGUUCCCCAUUGGCUGCUCUGGGGGCCGCCGCCAUCUAAUGAGGAGAGAGGCGCAGAGCACGAGCUCCCUGCGGCGGGAUCUAGCCUUCCAGCAGCGGGACCGGGCAGGGGCCGAAGCUGUGCAAAGGCCGAGAGACCGGCUUCUCUGCGGAGGACUCCCGUUCUCUCUCCGGACCUGGUCUGGGUCGCAGCUUGGGCUUCCCGUCGCGGAGCUGAGCAUCUCCAAUCUGGAACCCAACCCGCGAGGCUCCAAAUUCGGACUGAGAUCCCAACGGAAGAGUGGUGUAGACGAGGGUGCAACCCCAGAGGGACCAUGUUCUACUAUCCCAGCGUGCUUCAGCGCCACACGGGCUGCUUCGCCACCAUCUGGUAAGGGAGGGCUGAGCCAGGGUGGGCGCACCGGGAGGGGCGCCCAGGGAUCCCAGCCUGAGGGCUUCUCCUCCAUCCUCACUCCUCGUCCUUCUUCCAGGCUGGCAGCAACGCGCGGCACCCGGUUGGUGAAGCGCGAAUACCUGAAGGUGAACGUGGUGAAGACCUGCGAGGAAAUCCUCAAUUACGUGCUGGUACGAGUGCAGCCCCCGCUGCCAGGUCUGCCGCGGCCCCGCUUCUCCCUUUACCUCUCAGCCCAGCUCCAGAUCGGCGUCAUUCGGGUCUACUCUCAACAAUGCCAGUACCUUGUAGAGGACAUCCAGCACAUCCUGGAGCGCCUGCACCGGGCCCAGCUGCAGAUCCGCAUUGAUAUGGUGGAGGCUGAGCUACCCAGCCUGCUACUGCCUAAUCACCUGGCCAGGAUGGAGACUCUGGAAGCUGCUCCAGACCCCUUUUUUGGGAUGAUGUCUGUGGAACCCAGACUGCCCAGUCCCUUGAAUAUCCCUCAGAUUCGACACCUCCUAGAAGCUGUGAUCCCAGAGAGAGUUCUUGAAGAGAUCCCUCCUGAAGUUCCUAUAGAGCCAGAAAGGAUUCUGAUCACUGUACCGUCUCCCGAGGCCAUCACGCUCCUGGAGGCGGAGCCCAUACGUAUGCUAAAGAUUGAGGGUGAACGGGAACUCCCAGAGGUCAGCCGCCGGGAAUUGGACCUGCUGAUCGCAGAGGAGGAGGAAGCCAUCUUGUUAGAGGAACGUCGGCUAGAGUACAAAGAGGAGCUCCUGGCCCCAGAGAGGGAGAUCACAGUCCCCCCGCCCUCACCUCUAGCUCUUGCAGAGGUGGAGGAGGCUGCAGAGCUACUUCCGGCUGAGGUCCUGGCCCCUGAAGAGCUGAAGCCACCAGGCUGGGAGCCCGAGGUCCUACUUCCUGAGAUAACCCCCCCACCGGAGCUGCGUCUGCCAGCCCCACCUAGCCCAGAGCGGAGGAGGCCCCCAGUCCCCCCACCUGCUCGCCGCCGCCGUCGCCGCCGGUUAUUAUUCUGGGACCGGGAGACCCAGAUCCCCCGGAAGGAAUUCCAGGAACAAAUGCAAACCAGAGCCCACUGCCGGGAGUGUCCAAUGGUGCAGCCUCCUGAGAGGAUGAUCAUGAGCCCCGCAGAGCUGUUCCGAACCCCGGCUCACUCUGGCCGGCUACCCCAAGAACUGCUGGCUUUCUGGACCCACUGUGCCCAGCCACUCCCGCUAGCACUCCGGAGAAGGCCGCCCCCGGAGCUUGAGGAGGAGGAAGCUGAGAGGGAGGCGGCAGCUGAGGAGGAAAGGAGAAAGGCUGAAAUUCCGAGCGCUAUCGAGGUCCUGAGGGAGGCCCUGGAGCCCAGUGGGCCCCUCAUGCUGCCUUCAGAGAUCUCCCUAGAAGCGGCUGAGGAGGAGAAGCCCCGCAUCAGCCUCGUCCCCCUGGAAGAACGGUGGCCCUGGGCUGAGGCGGAGCUGCCGGAAGCCCCUGCAUUGCCCAUGGUGCCUGAGCUCCCUGAGCUGCCUGUGGAGCUGCCUGUGGAGCUGCCUGUGGAGCUGCCCCCAGAGCCUGAGCCGCUCUCGCUGGAGGCUGUGCACAGGGCAGUGGCACGGGAGCUGCAGGCCAACAGGGAGCCUGACUUCAGCAGCCUGGUGCCACCUCUCAGUCCCCGCAGGGUGGCCGCCCGGGUCUUCUACCUGCUCCUGGUGCUUGCUGCACAGCAGAUCCUUUGUGUGAAACAAGAGGAGCCAUAUGGGCGCCUCCUGAUCCAGCCAGGGCCCCGAUUCCACUGCGGUUAGAGCCAAUUUACAAAGCUGCCAGGGAACCCGCUACGUUAAACAAUGUCCUGC